AUUAUCGUUCGGCCUCAAUUCUCGUGUUUUAUUCGCUUAUGUUUAGUUAGUUUGAGUGGCAGACGAAGUAUCAAGAUUUGUUAGCGCGCGAGUCGUAGUAUAGUGGGAUUAAUCCCGGUCUAUUUGUGUCCCGUUCCCGCGUCCCGUGCUCCCGUGGGCACCCGCGACUGUCUUCAGGGUGUUCCCGCCCCGCGCUCCCCGUCUGCCCCGCCGCUCAUUCACGCGAUCAGCCAAUAUUUGGAUCGGGAUAGCGUGCUCGCAGCUGUCAAAUCAAGCGAUACGCAGUUGCUAUACUACUAACAAAUAAUCUUAUUUAUUUUGUUUCACGUUGCAGUGUCUUUACUUGUGUUUUGUCACGUGCAAAAACAAUGUGAAAAGUGGUUGUUAAAAUAUUUUCUUGAUUACUUUUACCCUUUUUGACUUAAAUUAAAUCGAUCGAACACGCAAAAUGUGAGGUGAUUUACCCUCAAAGUGUUAAGUGCUAAGUGAUGAAGGUGCGUUGUACGCGAAUUUGGCACCAAAGCGACCGAUCAUAAAGGAUAUAUUGGAAAGAGAAAAUGCGGAUCAAGCUCACAGACCUUCGCCCGAAUGGGCCACCGCCGCGGCUGGGCCUGAAGGCGGCGAGCCCCGGCGUCGACGAGGACUGCAACAGCAACACCAGCCUCGCCGGCAGCCAGCACUCGGCCGACGACCUCGACGCGCACUGUGACAACUCCGGCUACCUCUGGUUCCUCGACUAUAACCCGAUAUUCCGCGACGGCUCCUGUCACCACACGUCGGUGUUGUCUUCCGUGUCGGCGUCCUACAAAGGCAUUAGCGAUCUCGCCUCACGCUUCGAGUUCACGUCGCGCUACAACGACAUCGCGCGCGACCUCGAUGCCAACCUCGCCGAGGCCGACAUGGAGAGCUUCAAGACCGAAGACAUCCACGCCCUGCUCAUGACAGCCAAUCUCCCGCACGACACUAUAACUGAUGACCGAACGCAUGAUAGUAAUCCCCGUGGCGAGAUGUUCGCCAGCAUCUCGAGUUCUCUCAUGGAAAAGUUUCGGUUCGACAGCUCUCUCAGUGGCGACAGUAGUUUUCAGGGCGAAGAGUCCGUCGGUUCCAUCAACACGAUGUCGAUCUGCAAGUCGGAGCUGCUGUUCUCGCCGGUGAAGGAGCACGGCGUGCACUUCAGCGUGGACAGCCUGGACUGCUCGCUGCCCGCGGAGCAGGACCUUAUCCUCACGUGCCAGGCCAACAAGGACAACUACACCAUUGCCUUCGAGGGCAGCCUCACCGUCUACUCCGAGGACAGCGAGUGUAACGAGUUUGCCGUCAAUCAAAAACAUGACAAAUUGGAUAAGCAAGAAGAUAAUGCAACGCUAGAUGAAAGAACACGCAGGAAUUUAGAAUUAUUAGAAAGAUGUAAGAAACUAACCAAUAAGCUAACUACUUCUAUGGCUAGGAGUGACUUAGGAUUAACUACUUGGAGUAAGCUUAAGAAACAGACCAACCAUUCGCCUUUAAGAAGACACCCAUCGGGGAACAACAAUGAAGAUUCCCAUGAAGCGACCGAUGCAACAAGUGAUAUGAGCAACUCGGUUAUCAAGAGCCAAAGUCUGCCGAACCUCUACAGAAGAAAGAUUAUGAGCAGUUCCAUCAACUCGGCUGCUCUCAGCAAUUCAACGGUCGAUUCUUUCACCACCAAUCAAAGGUUAAUGGGUACUCCGACCUGCAUGAAAGUAUACGAUGUAUCGCAGCACCGUUCGACGCACGGAAGUCAGCAUUCAGAACCAAUGAGUACCUCCUCUACCGAAAACCAGUCAUCUUCAGACAAAAGUCAACCAAAGCAGGCCUUUAGCCUGGUAAAACUGUUUAUGAAACAAAAAAGCAACGAUGGUGUAGUUGGAUUGGAUCAAAUAGACAGGUCAGAAUGCUGGCCAUCUAGCUCAGGUGGUGAAAGUGGAGACUCCAUGGGAGAGCCAAAAGAUGACUCCAAAAUUUUAGUGCGUUCUCAAAUGGAAUUGCCGUGUGAUGUACCGGAAGAGGGCUCAGCAAUUUACGAUGAGAUUCCACCUAGCAACCCGUACAAUAAUAGAGUUUAUGACGAAGUAAUAGAAGAGGAAGAUAAUGAUGGCGUUAAAUUAAGCGAUAGCGAAUCCAAUCUUUAUGCGACAGUAAAUAAACGCCACUCAAAGAGAACUAACGUCAAUAUGAUGAAUAGCCCUUCAAGACUGAGAAGUAAUAAAAAAUCAUAUUCUUCCCAAUCGUCCAACACUAGUGUUAGUAUAUCGAGUUGCUCAGAGUCGGAUGGAACUCAGAUUACAAAAACGAAUCGAUUAUUGCAAAGAGAGCCUUUUGAUAACAAAUCUACUUCUACUCAUCUCGAGACCACCACUAUUGAUAAGAGUAUGCAGACGUCCACGUUACAAAUGUCGACCAUAUCCCAUGAACGUGAACUAUUCAAGGUGGUGGAACCCUCGUUUCUCGAGAAACUUAAAGAAGGAGACUGUGAGAAACCUGUAUUCAUACUGUACCCUAACUACACGCUUCCCGAUAUCAGUUUUCUGAACGGCCGACCAAAUAUAUACCUGAAUCCUGUAAAAGUAAACGUAUCGCCAAAAUCAAGCGAAAUCAAGAGGAACAGACUGAACGUUAAAGGUAAACGACCAUUUUCUUGCAACGACGUGGAGAUGCUAAAAAAGAAGGGGCUCGGGCACAUAAAAGAUUGGGAUUCAUUAAACUUUUUGCUACCCACAGAAUGCAAGCAAAUGUUAUCAGAGUUACCCGAAUUGAUGCAAAACGUAAGAGAAAAAGAAUGUGGAUCAAAAUGCGGUGACAAAUACUAUAACGCGACACCUAGAUCCAAGGGCAGGCCCAUGAGUUGCGACUGCAACAACCUGGCGGGCCACAACACCACCGUGUCAUCCAGCUCCAGCACGGCCACGCAGCCCUCGUCCGGCUAUCGCGGCUCCUCCACCAUGCUCACCGACUCCUCCGCGCAGGCCAGUCCCGCGCCGCACGGCAACUUCAACCCCUUGUUCGUCUACCGCUACGACAGCGCCACCAGCUCGGAGGCCAGCAACAACGAGGGCCCGAGAACCAACCCCGCCGUGCCGAAGCGAUCGCUCUCGGCGGCCAAGCAGGGCGAGCACGCCCCGCCCAGACCCCCUCUACCUAAGAGCAUUUUGCGUAAGUCGAUGGACAAAACGCGUAAAACGAGCACGCCGUCAAAACGUUACAGUAUGUUCGAAAUGGACGAGCUUUUGCAAGAUCAGAUCGUUUGUAUGACGGCUGCGACAGAGCACAAGACGAAGAGAAGAUCGCUGCAGGAGCCUUAUUAUUUACAAAAUCAAACCACAGAAUAUAGGAAAAAUAAUGAUUUAGCUGCCAAAAGACUAUCGCAGCAAUUUCUCGAUGCGGCCGAAAAAGAUGCCGACUACAAUGAACUUUUCCACGAUGAAGGUGUCGGUACUGAGAGUAGCCUGGAAUCGGGCAAAUCGAAUGAAUUGAAAUACCACAGACCUCACACGCCACCGAUGCCUAAACCGAGAACUAAGAAAACUGAGUACACGGAGUUCCCUCCACCGGGCGCUCUGAUCAGCAGCGCUGAUUUACAACAAUUAGAGGAGUUUUUGAAAUUAAGCGGCUUUAAUUGCCAAAAUAUGGAUGAAUGGGACCAAAAUCAAGUCCAAAAGGUAAGAAAUCAGGUUACCAAGUUUCUACAAAUGAAACGUUCUCAGGAAGAAAAUCAAAGGUCCACAGAUUCUAGCAGCAGUAGCUGCAAUAGCAAAAAAUCUGUUAGUUUUGCCCAUAAGUCUGAGGCCAAGCCCGAAACUCAACCAACCCAAGUGAAGGCAAUGGAAGAGCUGAAAGUAGCCAGUCUCACCACACCGCCUAACUCACCUAAUAUUUCUGCUGUAAUUUCACAAAGACUAUAUCAGGGUAAAAACUUGGCGGAGAUACCAAUUUGUGAAGAAGCUGAAAUAAGCCCAGACGAAUUCAGCAGCCCCUUGCACCACGACAGCAGAGGAAAAUACGACUUAAUUGAUUUAUCACAAAAAAGAGCCUUAGUCUCAAAUGUGACGGAUGCGGUGGAAAUGUUGAUUCAACACUUCUCUUCGGCCACUGACCAAGCCGAACUGGCUUUCCUGGGUGACUCUAAACAGUCUCCAGCUUGCGCCAAAAUCGCCCUAAAUGCUCUAUGCCCGGCAUUGUACGCUGUUUUCAGAGAUGGGCUUAAGGAGAACAUUGAAACCUCCUUCGGAGCCGUAAACAACUCCGUGUGGCAAAUGGUGGAGACUACCGCAAGGCAGGGUCCAAUAACAAAGUCCUUGAACGAGUUAGUGUUGAGGAUCAAUAGUGAAGAUGCUGUCACGGAAGGGCUGGUUAAAUUCAACGCCUUCAUUCUGGGACUAUUAAACGCUCAAUCAGUGGACGCAUGGGUAUCGUACGUGCGCACCCGCGAGUCGGUGCUGAGCAAGGCCUACAACGGCGACUCGCUGCUGCUGGCCGGCGUGCAGUCGCCGCGCUGCCGCGCGCUGCUGGACUCGCUGCAGGCCGCGCUGGAGCCGCUGCGCCUGCUGCCCUUCUCGCUCGACCUCAUGUUCGAGAUGCGCGAGCUGCACCGCAGCUUCAAGAAGAUCGAGAGCGACAUGCGCGCCGCUAGUCGGCCUACCUCGAUUAACACCCCACCACUAACACUGAACCAGCGGAACUUGCUGAAACUAGUGCGCUCCAUGCAUUCGAGCGGGCUUUCGAGCGACGACUGCCAGACAAGCGUCAUAAUGAGGCACAAAGAGCCAAAAAAGAAGGAGCCGUCUACCCCCGACCUUCUAAACGACUCCGCUAACGUAAAGACCGCGCUCGAGAAAAACAGACCACGCUCCUGCGUGAAUCCUUCGCCGAUCGGAUACGACCUAUGUCCGAACAACAGCAGGAUAGAGUUAGAGAAUAACCGGCGCUGGUCCGGGGUGCAGCUGGGCUCGAAGCUGAUGCAGGCGUUCGACCGGCUCGUGUUCGACGACAGCGAUGACUACACGGACAGCCUGGAGACCAACAAGACCGCGCGGCCUGCCGCCGCCGACUCCAAGCUGGAACGCAGCGGUGAGGAGUGGCGGCCAGGGUCUGCGAGCAGCGGUCACAGCGCGGCGGCCAGCGGCCACUCGGGCGGCAAGUUCCGGAGGCUCCAGCUCAAGUGGGAGCUGCUCAGCAACGCCGAGAGCCCCUCCUCGCCAUCUGGAGAGACGUCCCCGGCAGCGGCGCGCGGCUCCAAGAUCCCCCGGCCCGUGUCGUCGCCCGUGCGGCCCGCGGCGCCCACCGGCCCCGAGCCCGCCAAGAAUGCCCACCGGGGCAUCCCGGUGCCGGUGCGCAAGGUCGCGUCCCCGACGGCGAGCGCCGGCGCCCGCGCCGCGCCUGCGCGAGCGACCUCCGCCAAGCGCCCGCAACCCGCCAACAGAACUUUCCCCGAAGCUGUGAAGAAAGUCGUCGCCAAGACCAAGGAAAAGGAAGCAGUUAUUUGCAAGCCGGUUGCUAGGAAACCCGCGCCGACGUCGCGGGUGGACGGCGCUUGGGCGUCGCCGGCGCCGCGGCCGGCCUCGCUGCCGUACGGCCGCGCGCCGCCGCCCGCCGCGCCGCGCCGCGCCGCCUCCUCCUCCGCCGCCCGCCACCACUCUACCACACAGCACCAGAAACACAAAUACGUGAGAACACUAUGGCACCGGCUACCGUCGGACUCCGGGCACCUCGCGUUCAACGAGGGCGAGCGACUGCGGCUGAUCCUCGAGGUGGACUCGCAGCACCUGCUGUGCUGUCGCGGCGACCAGAAGGGGCUGGUGCCGCGCGACGCCGUGCUGCCGGAGGACUUCUGAUGCCCGCCCUAACGCUGGCAGCCUGAGUGGCGCCCCUUACACUUCGGCCGCCUUUAAACACGCCACAGGCUGCCGGUUAUAAACUCCCCAAAAAGUGUAGUGAAGCAGUGAGCGUUUAGUCAUUUCGAACUGGAACUCUUCGGUUGUAAUGGAUCCCGUGAAGCGAACGUUUUGUAUGUGAGGACAACGGUUGUAAAUAGUGAGGCGAGGUUUUGUAUUCUAUUAUAUGUACAUUUUAUUUCCAGUUACCUCUCAGCAAUAUGGAUAUUUUUAUUCGUCACGUAACAUACUCUGCUACAUCACUAAAAUUAUAAUUUAUUUAGUUUAUGAAUUCUACUCACGUUUAUAAAUUAUUUAGUAAAUUCUAGUCUUACGUUUUAAGGCACGACAUGGUCUUGAACUGUAAAUAAUAUUAUUUAAGGACACAAAUUGGGAAAAUAUUUACGGCAAAUAUAGAAAUGCAAAUUGCCUAUUUAAGUAAGUAGGUUGAUACAUUUAUUUCUUUGUAUAAAACACUGCAGUAAAUAUUUUUUUCAAUGUAAUGUGAUAUAGAUGAUUAUUUGUAUUAUAGGGAUUAAUCUCAAAUUAAUUACUAAGGAAAACAUUUGUACGCUAAAUUAUUCCAAAUUAAAUGCCGAGAGAAAGACGCCCAAUAUCGGAAAAAAUAUAACUUAGGAAAAUAUAAUCGUGAAUUUGAUGUCUAAAGUUACCCAUAUUUGUAUAUCAUUAUAUGAUGUGUAUAAUUCGUAGAGUGUAUAGGUAUUUCGUGUGUGUUAGAACUACAUUGUUUAUUUACAACCCCGUUUUUAACAAGUCUUGUGCAAAUACUCAAAUAUUUUUUUUUGCUGUAAACGAAUAUAAUAACUUAAAGUUAAACCAAUCAGGUAUUGGCCGUUUUUAUGCGUGUCGCGAACAGUUAAAGGUAGGAUGCUUGUGUUGGGGUGGUAAGAGCAAUGCAUUGAUCUCAGGGAAUGACAGACCGUUACAGACUAGUUAACCUGCCACCGGUACUAACUGCAUGCGCCUCUCCUCGCACCCUCCUUCGGGUCUAUAGUGAUGGGAUGGUCCCGGGAACUAAAGCGUUACAAGUACAGGUGUCGGGAGCGUAACCUCUAGUGUCACUAACUGCACGGCCUCCUCCACUCUCCCGGUCCCACGGCGUCCCUUCACGGCCUAGUACCAGCUACCGCACAUGCUCCGCUUCCCCGAUGCACGGGCACCACCCUCGCUCACAGUGAUCAGCUAAAACUGCCAGUAUUAUAAAUUAGGCUGCGGUUUCACUUUAGUGACGCUUUUUUGGUUACUGAUAUUGUGAUAUACCCAACCAUAUCACUGCUUAAGGAGGAACAAGGGAAAGAGAUAUUUUUUGUACCUAUUUGUAUUGCUCAAGUCUGGAGGAGUAUGGUUAAGAACGGUACGAUUAAUAUUCCUGAUAUACUCUUAAUCUAAGAACUUUAUACUCGUAUGGAUAUUCAAUUCAAAUAUGUCUGUCGAUAUAAAUUUAAUGUAAAUAAUGUUUUAGCGAAAUAUUAAAUGUCAAAAUUUGUAACAAAUCUUUUAAAUGCACGAUACAGUUCCUCUCGUAGUCCGUCGUGCUGUCGAGUCGCCGCAUCGGUUAACUUAGCACUAGUGGCCGAACGAAGGUACUCGACGAUAGCGGGCGCUUUCUCGAAGCCAUACGAAAUCGAUAUUCGAUGCUCUUGCCAGCUCCGUGGUAACGUAGAGGCUCGUCGACCGACAAAUCUCAUUAAUCUAGGCUGGUCGUAAGUUACACAAAUUAGAACUAUACUAUAGUUUAAAUAUUUAUACAAUAAAUAUAAUAAUAAUGACAUUGAUUAAACGUUUAUAGUUGAAUUAGUCUGCAACUGUCAUCAGCAUAUUAAAUCACGUUUGUUUGUGGAAGGAUUAGUGUUAGCAUUAAUUCGCGCUUUGUGACUGAAUGAUGUGAUGUGGCCUUUGUAUGUAAUUAAAGUUAAAUAGUAUUUAGUGUGAUGUGUGCGCUUGUUGCAUCGGUCCGAGUAUUUCUACUUACCAAUUGUCAUCGCUGUAUGCUUCUACGACUGUGUUAAUUAUAAUUAUAGUUAUUUACGAUACAAGUGCGGAAAAGAGGAAAUUCGAAACGAGUGUCGAUAAAUUGAAACACGACCGCAGGGAGUGUUUUAAAUCGACACGAGUUGCGAAUUACCUAUUCGCACGUGAAUCGUACAACGUUUUACAGUACAUAUGGCCCUUUAAACUUUCGACAUAUGCACGAAAAGUGCUCUGUACGCACUUAGACAAACAGACAUGCCUUAAGAAAUUAAUAAUUAGUAGCCGGUCGCCGGAUAGCUUCGCCAUAGCUUCCCCUGCGCCGCCGGCCGGCGCCGCGGCCGCGGGCGUAGAUUAAGUUUAUAACACCCGUUUGUAUGUAUUAUCGAGUGUAGUCCGAUCGUUUUAUAAAUGACUAUUCCUGCGCGUUCUUUCAUAUUAUUAAGUAUAGGCAUCGUUAGAGGCGGUGUCCCAGCUGUCCUCGCCGGUACAAACUGUUAAGUUAUUUACGAUAAUUAAGACUAUUUAUAAUUGCGAUUUAUGCGGGAUCAAUAAGUUGAAAUUGUGUUAAUAAUUUUAUUUUCUUAAGAGAAGUAUACUAAAGUAAAAAGAGGCUUUCGUUGAUUUACGAAACGUCUUAACGAACGACUGAGAAAUUAAUUCCGAAUAUAUUAUUAUUAUGUUUAACUCGAAAUCAAUACUGUAUCUAUUAUUAUGUAUUUCAAAAUAAGACAUUUUUAUUCAAAGUAUUUUUUAUUUAUGUUAGUGCCAUACAAUUAACAGUGGAUAAUUGAUAAAUAUUAUUGUAACCAUAUAAACCAAAUAAACUUAUCUAAAAUA